GUGACCGGACCCCUGAAGAGACGUGGGGCAGCGGCUGUGGCCGCAUGCAGGAAGCUAAAACAACAGGUCGCCGUUCUGAGACUCCUUUGGCGGGAAGGGCCACUCGGAAAGGGAAGGUUUUGAAGAGCUAAGAGGGAGAGCGGAAGGGUUCCCUGAUUCAUCAGACGAAUACCACUGAGUGACUGUCCUUCGUUUUCUCUCUGCGAACGACGCGUACUGACCCCACAUUAUCCAGACUGUGCCGGGGGAAAAAUCAAAGACACCUGUUUGAAGAAAUCGCUGCAUCUAAAGUCACCUGUGACUUAUUGGUGCCAGGGGAGACCUGGGCCGACAGCUGGGACAGGUUUGGUUAGACUCUGUUGGGCGCGAUUGUUAGGACUUGUUUUGUUUUGCUUCCCCCUCUGUUACUUCAGAUACCUGUGUUUAAGGGUCACUUGCACUACUGAGAACUGUGACUUCACCAGGAGCGCUACCUGAGACUAACAGCGGUACCCCAGGACCAUCUUUCUCAGUAGCUUUUCGUUUGAAGGGAGGUAGUGGGUGAUUGUGGCUACUUUGACCCACUCUAGAGGCCUGACUGCCCUUCUCGCCUACACUUCCAGGAACCAUGGCGGCGGGGGUAGCAGCGUGGCUGCCCUUUGCAAGGGCAGCAGCCAUUGGGUGGAUGCCUGUGGCCUCGGGGCCCAUGCCAGCACCCCCAAGGCAGGAGAGGAAAAGGACUCAAGAUGCUCUAAUUGUGCUCAAUGUGAGUGGCACCCGUUUCCAGACGUGGCAGGACACCCUGGAACGUUAUCCGGACACUCUGCUGGGCAGUUCUGAGAGGGACUUCUUCUACCAUCCAGAAACUCAGCAGUAUUUUUUUGACCGUGACCCAGACAUCUUCCGCCACAUCCUGAAUUUCUACCGCACUGGGAAGCUCCACUAUCCUCGCCACGAGUGCAUCUCUGCUUAUGACGAAGAACUGGCUUUCUUUGGCCUCAUCCCUGAAAUUAUUGGAGACUGCUGUUACGAAGAGUACAAGGACCGCCGGCGAGAGAACGCGGAGCGCCUGCAGGACGACGCCGACACUGACAACACCGGGGAGAGCGCGCUGCCCACCAUGACCGCGCGGCAGAGGGUCUGGCGGGCAUUUGAGAACCCCCACACCAGCACGAUGGCCCUGGUGUUCUACUAUGUUACCGGGUUCUUCAUCGCCGUCUCCGUCAUCGCUAACGUGGUAGAAACAGUGCCCUGCGGGUCUAGCCCAGGUCACAUUAAAGAGCUGCCCUGUGGGGAGCGCUAUGCGGUGGCCUUCUUUUGCUUGGACACAGCCUGCGUCAUGAUCUUCACAGUUGAGUACCUGCUUCGCCUGGCUGCAGCCCCCAGUCGUUACCGUUUUGUACGUAGUGUCAUGAGUAUCAUCGACGUGGUGGCCAUCCUGCCUUAUUACAUUGGGCUAGUGAUGACGGACAACGAGGACGUCAGCGGAGCGUUUGUCACCCUCCGCGUGUUCCGGGUCUUCCGGAUCUUUAAGUUUUCCCGCCACUCUCAAGGCCUGCGCAUCCUGGGGUACACACUAAAGAGUUGUGCCUCAGAGUUGGGCUUCUUGCUCUUCUCGCUCACCAUGGCUAUCAUCAUUUUCGCUACAGUUAUGUUCUAUGCAGAGAAGGGGUCUUCUGCCAGCAAGUUCACCAGCAUUCCUGCAGCCUUCUGGUAUACCAUCGUCACCAUGACAACACUAGGGUAUGGUGACAUGGUACCAAAAACCAUAGCAGGGAAGAUUUUUGGCUCCAUCUGUUCUCUGAGUGGGGUCUUGGUCAUUGCUCUACCUGUUCCAGUGAUUGUAUCUAACUUCAGUCGAAUCUACCACCAAAACCAACGAGCAGACAAACGGAGAGCACAGAAGAAAGCCAGACUUGCCAGGAUCCGGGCAGCCAAAAGCGGAAGUGCAAAUGCUUACAUGCAGAGCAAACGGAAUGGCUUACUCAGUAAUCAGCUACAGUCCUCUGAGGAUGAGCAGGCCUUUCUUAGCAAAUCUGGCUCGAGCUUUGAAACCCAGCACCACCACCUGCUUCACUGCCUAGAGAAAACCACGAAUCAUGAGUUUGUGGAUGAGCAAGUCUUUGAAGAAAGCUGCAUGGAAGUUGCAACUGUUAAUCGUCCUUCAAGCCACAGUCCCUCUCUCUCCUCACAACAAGGAGUCACCAGCACUUGCUGUUCACGACGACACAAAAAGACUUUCCGCAUCCCAAAUGCCAACGUAUCAGGAAGCCACCGAGGCAGUGUGCAAGAACUCAGCACAAUUCAGAUCAGAUGUGUGGAGAGAACCCCGCUAUCUAACAGCCGAUCCAGUUUAAAUGCCAAAAUGGAAGAGUGUGUUAAACUAAACUGUGAACAACCUUAUGUGACUACAGCAAUAAUAAGCAUCCCGACACCUCCAGUAACCACUCCCGAAGGAGAUGACAGGCCAGAAUCUCCUGAGUAUUCAGGGGGAAAUAUUGUCAGAGUGUCUGCUUUGUAAGACAGAAUCAGGUCUGAGAAUUUGAACCCUAGCUGUGUGAAGAACCCCAACAUGGAAGAGAGAAGAAACAAUAAACCUUUUGCAGACGAAAACAACAAAGUGAGAAGGUUGAUACUGAAAUUAAAAAAAAGCUACCCAACUUGAGGAUGGAAAUAAAAUCACCAAAUGGCAUUUCUAGACAGAGUUUGGCCUGUUUUACAGAGGAAAAGUCAGUGGCCCUUUAACUUUGUGAAUGAGCACAAUGAAAUGCCACCUACUGAUGCUUCUUAUGACCAGAACUCUUUUUUAAAAAAAGAAAUAAAAUAAAUCUUUGAACAUAAUGUUCCAGGUGAAUGCAAAACAAAAAAAUAUGGAGGACCUUUUGAUAAAAUUUUUUCCUGUUAAAACCAUGAACAUUGGCUAUGACGAAGAUGAUCACAUAUUAAAGAAAAACUCAUACAACACAUUUGUCUGAACUGGAGGAGACCAUCAUAAUGCAUGCUAGAAUUCUUUGGAGCAGUGAUAUCGGUGUCCUUAUGUUGUCUUCAGAAUAGGCAUGAUAACUUGUAAUUGUAGAAAGGGGGAAUUUCUGUGCACUUACAACAAUCUGAUUGUCAUAUUCCGUGGUGAGCUGUGCCAAUUAACUCCUUUUAGAACUGCAGCAUUGCUCAUGGGGAUGCUCAUUAGUAAACUAAGGUGUUCGGAUAGUUCAAUAUUAAUUAUUGUUUUACCUUGCACCUAGAUACUGUUACAACUGCAAUAAUUCAUUGUACACCUGUUGUAUCAGGAAUCAGGAUUUUUUGUUGUUUUUUCCAGAUCUUCAUAGAUACAGUAACAGCCACAUUCAUAGAAAAGCUUCAGUAUGGCCAGGUUUUAGAUAACUUUUUAAUUCAAAACUAUUGUGCCAUAACUGUUUUUCAGUAAUAUUAUUUGGUUCACUGUAAUCCCAGGCCAGUGCAUUAGUUGUUCCUGUAUUUCCAUAGCACCUUUCUGUUGCAUUUAUUGUCAUCAACUAAUGUUUUGUAGCUCAAGUGACUUUCCUACGUUUGUAUUCCCCCAACAAUUUAUCUUGUAAGUAGAUUAUCAUCAUCAAUCCCCUUGUCAAAAAUUAGAAAAAAAGGAGUUGACGUCUAUGAAUUAUCUCUAACCUCUUUGCUAUUAUGGAAAAGCCCAGAUACUAAAUAUAUCACCGUAUGUUUCAUAAAAAGAGUUGGCUGGGACUAAUAUCACAGGAUCAAUGAUCCCAGAAUCUCACUUGAUGUAUUAUUUAUUUUGCUUUAGAUCUUGAAUACGUUUUGAGAAUAACUAAUGUGAAUUGAAAUGCAGAGAUAAACUACAGUGCUUUAUGUAGCAAUAUUUGAUGAAAGCCUGCUUUCUAUGCAUUUGGGGAAGGCAACACAAGUUUAUCUCAGUAAGAUUCCUGUAUGUUGCAAGGAACAACUUUCUCCACUAAAUCAGGAGGAUGGAAGUUUAAUAAUACAAAGUUGAUCGCUAUGUACAUUUAAGUGAAAAGUCUUUAUACCUUUUCACCUUUGAAAUCUAACAGCAAACAUGUCUGCACGUGACAGUGUAAAAAAGUUUUAUGUCCAAUGAAGUUUUGUUCAUUCCAAACCACCACUAUAAGGAAUAAGGUUUACCUUCUGUACAUGGGAAGAGUUAAUAAUUAUCCCUCUACUAUAGAGAUUUUAAAAUGCUUAUCAUGAUUUAUCAUAAAAAGGAAUUAAUCCAGCCAUUGUCAAGUAAAGCCAGAAAAUUUCUUGCUUCCCAUUUCUAGAACAGCUUCUAGAACAAUGCUAUGCACAUAGUAGAUCUUAAAAACCAUUUGCUGACUGAAAGUAAGAUAAGCCUUACUGUCGGGAAGAACUGGCUUUAUUCCUAGUAUGCCUUUUAAAAAAUUACUAAUCUUCCUGGAGCGUAAA